AUGGUGUUUAGCCUCAAUGGCCUCGUAUCCACUUCCAUUUCCUGCGUGGAAAUGCACACGUCAGGAGAACCAACACGCAUUGUUCUAUCUGGCUUCCCAGAACUGACAGGAACACUAAUGGAACAACGGGCCCAAGCAAAGGAAAAGUUUGACCAGUAUCGCCGGUUCCUGAUGUUGGAGCCUCGUGGCCAUCGAGAUAUGUAUGGCGCCAUUCUUCGCCCAGAGACAGAGCUAGUCAAGACAGGAGAGGCCGAUUUUGGCGCCCUCUUUAUGCACAACGAUGGGUUCUCGACGAUGUGUGGACAUGCAACGAUUGCCCUGGGUCGAUUUUUGGUUGAUUGUGACGAUGAACAGAUCUUUCCGAGAAGAAAACUGUUGAAGUAUAAUGCUGAAACACAGACAACCUCUAUCAGGCUUCAUGUGCCAUGUGGGGUUGUUGAUGUGAGUGUUCCAACACUGGUAAUAGGGAAAUCCGACCCAUCUCGUCCGGUAUCCUUCAUAUCUGUCCCGUCGUUCGCUACGGGAAUAUCGGUGACUGUCCAUUUGCCUGAGGAAAACCGAUGGCCAGAAUUGGGCGGACGUGACUCGAUUACGGCGGACUUUUGUUAUGGUGGCGCCUACUACUGUGUGAUUGGCGCAACAGAGCUAGGCUUUCCUCAGGGACUUUCAGAGGAUGACAUUCAACGACUAUCCCACGCAACUGCACUCCUCAAAAAAACUGUAAAUGAAAAUCCAGACCUCUCAUCUCUGACUCGCCACAUCCAAACCUCCGAACAGGGCGUUUUAUACUCAGUGCUUAUCGUCGAUGAUGCGAAACGUAUUAACGAUCCAUCAAGCUCUGAGAAGGGACUGUGCUUCUUUGCAAAUCAGCAGAUAGAUCGAUCUCCAACUGGCGGCUCUGUAGCUGCCCGAAUCGGUCUUGCUUAUACCAAGGGCGAUCUAUCUAUUGGAGAACAGCGGAAAUUUGACUCUCUGUUUACCGGGUCCAAUAAAGGACUCAAAGGAUUCGUUGGCUCGGCUUUUGAAGAGCUAAAGAAAGAAAGUGGAGUGGACGGCUCCCAGAAAAAUAUUAGCGUAAGAGUCAAAGUUGAAGGUUAUGCAAACUAUAUGGGAUAUUCUACGUUUGUGGCCGAAAAAGCAGAUGGCCUUGGUGUGAAUGGCUUUCUACUUUAG